AUGAGACUAUCAAUUUCACAGUGGAGGAGAAAUAGUAGUGCGGCAAAUCAACAGCCACAACAACAACAACAUGGGGACGGUGUCCCCAAUACAGAGUCUUGGAGAAAAGGUGCAAGCGACGAAGAUGAUGCCUCUUCACAGCACAACAUAGAACAAGGCGACAUGGUGACAAUAGAAGAGUUCAUCUAUUCUCUCAACAGAUAUGAAGCGGACAAUGAGAAUGUACCAGACAAUGAGAAUCAUUUAAUGACAGUGGAGGAGUUUAUAUCUAGUUGCCGAGAGAAUGGAAUGCGUAGGGGUCAACAGCGACGAGCUGCUGGUGCUGCUGGGGCCAAUGCCUCAGCGCCAACAAAUAGUGGCACGGUCGAUGAUCAGGACCGCUUCAAAGCGGUCAGCAACCAGAUGCUCGAAAACAAUGACAAUGGCGAUGAGCCGUUGCUAACCGUCGAGGAGUUUAUUUAUACGUCGGAGCGAAGAGACAACUCACAAGACCUGUUGACCUUUGGCGAGUUCCUUUCACAGUCCAGUCGAAGAUGCCACAAUCGAGCCGGCGCCGUGCCAAGGAUCACCAAUUAUAUAUAG